CUAUCGCCUCUCUCCUCGCCCAUUCCGAUUCCCCUUUCCUCUCGCCUCCCCCCUUCCUCUGCAAUUGCUCGCAAACAGGCUGCUGGCGGCGGCGCCAGACCUCGCCACCCCAAUUCCCCGGAGCACCCACCCACCCGCUCCCUCCAAUCUCGGCGACCCCCCUUCCCCCGCGCGGGCCUUCUAACCCUAGUCGUCGUUCCGCCCCCCAUGGCGGCGUGAGCGGCCGCCGUACGGAUCGCGCGGGAGAUGCAGGGCGGUGUCGCAGCUGCUGCCGCUGCGGCGGCGGCGGCCGCGGCGACGGUGACCACGGCGGUGGCGCCUCCGGUGGCCCCGGCCCCUGCGGCCGCGACCGCGCACGCGGCGGUGGGCAACGGCGGGGCGGCCGCAGCGCCGCCGCCGCCCUUCCUCAUGAAGACCUACGAGAUGGUCGACGACCCGGCCACGGACGACGUCGUGUCCUGGGGCCCCGGGAACAACAGCUUCAUCGUCUGGAACACGCCCGAGUUCGCCAGGGACCUCCUGCCAAAGUACUUCAAGCACAGCAACUUCUCCUCCUUCGUCAGGCAGCUCAACACAUAUGGGUUUAGAAAGGUUGAUCCAGACAGAUGGGAAUUUGCAAAUGAGGGUUUUCUGAGAGGACAAAAACAUCUAUUGAAGACUAUCAAUAGAAGGAAACCAUCAUUGCAGGGGAACAGCCAACCGCAGCAGCCCCAAUUGCAGAACGCUCCUUUGCCAGCCUGUGUAGAGGUGGGUAAAUUUGGGUUGGAGGAAGAGAUAGAACGGCUGAAAAGGGAUAAGAAUGUUCUUAUGCAAGAGCUUGUCAGGCUGAGACAGCAACAGCAGACAACUGACCAUCAGCUGCAGACUUUGGGGAAGCGUCUUCAAGGGAUGGAAUCACGGCAGCAACAGAUGAUGUCUUUCCUGGCCAAAGCAAUGCAAAGUCCUGGUUUCCUAGCACAGUUUGUACAGCAAAACGAGAACAGCAGAAGGAGAAUAGUAGCCGUAAACAAGAAGAGGAGGCUACCCAAGCAAGAUGGCGGCCUAGACUCUGAAAGUGGUUCUGCCUCAUUGGACGGUCAAAUUGUCAAGUAUCAGCCUAUGAUCAACGAAGCUGCCAAAGCAAUGCUAAGGAAGAUCCUAAAGCUAGAUGCAUCACAUAGAUUUGAAUCUGUGGGAAAUUCAGAUGAUUUUCUACUGGAGAAUUAUAUGCCAGCUGCUCAAGGUUUUGACAGCUCUUCAUCGACCAGAAAUUCUGGGGUAACCCUUGCAGAGGUUCCAGCUAACUCAGGUUUGCCGUAUGUGCCUGCGAGCUCUGGGCUUUCAGCUAUCUGUUCGUCUUCAGUGGCUCCUGAAAUCCAGUGUCCAGUUGUUUUGGACAACAACUCAUCCAACCAAGUUCCCAACAUGAGUGUUGUGCCUCCUGUUUCAAAGAUUAUAGCACCAGGGAGUGAUAUCACUCUUCCGGAAUUCCCUGAUCUGGCUGACAUAGUACCUGAUGACUCUGAUAUUCCUGGAGGACCCUUUGGGAUGCCUGGCCCUGAGUUUCCCCUGACCGAAGAGGGUGACGAUAGUAUUCCCAUCGAGACUGAUGAGAUUUUGUACAACGAUGAGACUCAGAAACUGCCAGCCAUUGUUGAUUCCUUCUGGGAGCAGUUCCUGGUUGGCAGCCCUCUAUCUGUUGAUAACGAUGAAGUUGAUUCAGGUGUACUAGAUACAAGGGAGACACCUCAGGAGAAUGGAUGGAACAAAGUGGAGCACGUGGCUAACCUUACGGAACAGAUGGGCCUUCUAUCUCCAAAUCACAGGGGGUGAGGUGUAGUAUCCUAAGGUAGGCUGGGAUUCUGGUAAUAAGCUUUGACAGCGUCACCUACCUUUUUGUUAAUGUUUAAGAUUGUCCUUAUUGCUGAAACGAUGUGCUGAUAUAUCAACCACUCAACCUAUAUGCGGGGGGAUUCAAUGUUCCACCCAUGAAUGAUCUUGGUACGCCCCAGGAAUUCACCUGCUUGUAUCUAGGUUUGGCAGGCUUGAGAACAGAACAAUGGUAACCUGUCAAAUCGGCAUGAUUACUUGUGAUGUAGUUGCUGAUAGUGCGUUUUUUUUU